GAACAAAUACCAAAACCAAAGGAAGUUAAACUUGAACUUCCUGUAAUAAAAUUUAUAACAAAAACUUUCAAAGUCACACAGGCCUCUAAGAUUGUUGAUGUUUAUGAGUUCCCCGUUGAAUACAAAACUCAACUCUUCUGUUAUGGCGGAUAGUGUUAAAGCUAGUAAUAAGAAGCCUCGGGGGAUACGAAAUGGACGUGAAUCGGUAGAGGACACAAUUGAAAAGUGGAAGAAGUACAAUAACAACCAACUUCAAUUUGGCGAAGACGAUGGCCUCAAAAAGGUUUGUAAGGUUCCGGCCAAAGGUUCCAAAAAGGGGUGUAUGGUAGGGAAAGGAGGCCCGGAGAACUCCAGAUGCAAAUUUAGAGGUGUAAGACAAAGGAUUUGGGGCAAGUGGGUUUCAGAAAUUAGACAACCAAUAAACGGGGGUGAUGCCGGAAGUAGAGGAAACAACAGGCUGUGGCUAGGUACGUUCUCUAAUGCCAUUGAUGCAGCUCUUGCUUAUGACGAGGCUGCAAAAGCUAUGUAUGGUCCUUAUGCUCGCCUCAAUUUUCCUGAUCAUUCCAAGGAAUCAAUAGGUAACUCCAACAAAGUUCCUGCUUCAUCUACUACUAAAACAUGUUCAACUGACUCUACUUCGAUAUCAAAUUCGGAGGACGAAAAAGUUAAGGAAUCAACUAUUCAUUUUGCGUCCCUUGGAGAACCCCAGUCUCCUGAGCUUCAUAUAGUUGAAGAAUCAAACGUCUUCUUAAAGGAUAAAUUGAUGGAGAAACGUGAUUGUUCUCAAGUUUAUAUAAAGGAGGAAACAGGAUUUAAAGCAGAGGACAACGCAAAAGAAACCAGAGGAACAGAAUCCAAUUCAAGGAAUGACUGCAAACCUUAUAGAGAGCAUGGAAUUGAAGUUGAGACGUUAAAGGAAGCCACGAAUGAUGAACUCAUUAUGAGAAUCCACAACUCUAAGGGCAUCAAGGAUGCAAAUGGAUACUUGCAAAAUGAGCUGAAAGAUGAAGAAUGCCAAUUAAGGAUUGGUUUUAUGGAUUCUGAUGAUUAUAAUACGCAGACACCCUUUAAGAGGAACAAAAUGGAAUCAGAAGUAGAGACAUCGGAAAGUAUUAUAUCAAGUGCCUACAUAGGCUUCAAUUUUAGACACAAUUUCGUGGAUAAUUAUGAAGACCAAGAUGCCAGCAUUUCAAUUGUUGACUCGGAGCCUCCUAAUAAUGUUAAAGUUGAGAUGCCAGCAAUGAGGGAAAACUGGAAAGGUGCACUUGCUGGAAGUAUUGAAUCCAUGGGGUAUAAUUGUUUCUUUGGUAAAGAUAAUAACUUGCAGGCUGAGCAUACAGAUGGUAACCUCAGCUCUGAUAUUUAUUGUAAGCCUUCAAGUGAAAUGAAAGCAGAAGCGCCUAUAUUAAAGGAAGAAGUGGAGGUUGAACCUAGGGGAUUUACUGACUUUUAUAGCUACAAGAAUUUUGAUAAUAUUUCUGAUCAAUUUGAGUUUCCAUCUACGAACCACCUUCAAAGAGGCAGGCUGCAGGGGCCCGAAGCAAAGAUACAGGAUGGCUUCAACCAAAACGAAACAGACCCUGGUGUAGAUUACAAGAUGGAAUUUUGGACGCCUGAUGUUGAUUUGGACUUUAUAGAAGCGACAAAAUAUACUGAUUCAUGGUUUCCAGAGCGUAGAUUCUAGGAAUUCUGGGGCCGUUUAUGAUGUGGCCGAUGAAGUAUGAAGACUAUGAUCUUUAGUAACUGCAUGUUAUUGCAGUUAAUACCAAACAUCUCGUUAGACCCAUAUUGUUUAUCUUAGGAAUGUUGUCAGAAGCCAUGUUACUAUGUUACACACUGAUUAUUUGGGUUCAUUAUUUUUUGAACCUUUUUUCAUUGUUUCAGGUUUUGUCUUUGUCCUUGUGAAUGUUUUCUCACUAUAUUUUCUGAGCAAGUAAAUAUUUGUUUUUCCUCCUUU